AUGUCAACCCAGGCCACCGUCCACAACGCUCAUGCCAGCCCUGAGACAGCACUGACAAUGCUCGCCACAACCCCAAGUGCCACGGAAAUAGAUGCAGUAGGCUCAGAGAAAAAGGAUACAAAGCCAAUCUCAGAUACAUCUACUCAUAACGGCGGCGAUGAUUGCAUCGAGAAGCCAACUGGGCUCGCUCUUUGUAUUCUUCUCGCAGCAGUCUUUUCUUCCGGCUUCUUAAUGGCUCUAAAUGGAUCCAUGGUUGCUACUGCCCUGCCACAAAUUACUACACAUUUCCACUCUUUGAAGGACAUUGGGUGGUAUGGGAGCGCCUAUCUUGUCUCUACGUGCACUAUGCAGCCUUUGGCUGGGAAAAUUUACACCCAUUUCCCCAUUAAGGUAACGUACCUGGCCUUUUCUUUUAUCUUUUUCAUCGGAAGUCUUCUUGCUGCCACUGCUACAACCUCUGCAGUAGUUAUUGUAGGAAGAGGGGUACAAGGAAUCGGAGGAGCGGGAAUCGUGAAUGGGGCUUUCAUGACCAUAGCUGCAGCGGGCCCAGAAGGAAAUAAACCAAUACUGGUUGGGGUUGCCGUUACACUUGGAACUAUCGGCAGUAUAACAGGGCCAAUGAUUGGAGGGGCACUCACAGAAAUAUCAUGGCGUUGGUGUUUCUAUGUCAACCUGCCUGCAGGGGGUCUUGUGCUCUGCGCAUUUUGGCUCAUCAAAAUUCCUGAACAAAUGCGCAAACCGCCUGUGAGGCCGAAUUUGAAAAAAAUAAUUACAGAAGAGCUGGAUCUGGUGGGUUUUCUCUUGUUUGCCCCUGCUUGCAUCAUGUUACUCCUUGCGAUAGCAUGGGGUGGCAACGAGUAUAGCUGGGCGUCGCCCACAAUAAUUGGUCUUUUCUGUGGAGCUUUUGUCACGUCUCUCAUUUUCGGUUUUUGGGAGUUCAAAAAGGGCGAGACGGCGAUGAUACCACCCAGAUUCUUACGAAACAACCUGGUAGUCUUCGGAUGCUGCACAUCAUGUUUCCAGAAUGGUGGCAUGCUUCUCCUCUCAUACUACUUACCAUUGUGGUUUCAAGUAGUCAAAAAUGCUUCACCAACCAUGAGCGGAGUUGAUGUUCUGCCGACAGCAAUAUCCCAAGCUUUAUCUGCAGUAAUGGUGGGAAAGCUAGUCCAAGUUAUUGGUUACUGUACUCCCUGGGCAAUAUUCGGAGCAGUGGUGGCAUCAAUUGGGGGUGGGCUCCUCACCACACUGCAUCCGCCCUCCACUACAGCGGACUGGAUCGGAUACCAAGUCUUGAUAGGCUUUGGUCGUGCCCCCGGCGUGCAAAUGCCAGUUACCGCUGUGCAGGGUCUUCUCAAGCCCAACGAAGUAGCUUUGGCCACCUCACAGAUUUUUUUCUUCCAGUACCUUGGGGCGGCAGUGUUCAUCUCUGUCGGAGAGACCAUUUUUUCAAAUACGCUCCGCACUGGAAUCCAAAGCAAUGCGCCCAACUUGGAUGCAGAAGCAAUAAUUGCAGCUGGUGCAUUCGGAUUCAGAUCGUUUGUCGCUGAGAAGGACAUCCCUGGCGUUCUUCAGGCGUAUAAUCAUGCCAUCACUACAACUUAUUACCUCGCCCUUGGAGGGACAUGCGCAGCAUUCUUCACCAGUUUUGGAAUGGGCUGGCAGAGGCUUCCGAAGAGAAACAAAUCAACAAAAAAGGCUGAGAAGGAUUCCGAGGAAGAUACAGCUUAG